AUGUUACAGCAUUACCAAGAUGCUAUGUCUAUGGUUCGUAAGUUUAGUAAACCAGAUUUAUUUAUUACUAUGACAUGUAAUCCUAAGUGGCGUGAAAUUACGGAAAACUUAUUACCUGGACAAAGUGCUUCAGACAGACCAGAUUUGACGGCGCGUGUGUUUGAUAUAAAAGAAGAUGCCCUGGUUAAAACUAUUGGAAAAGAACAACUUUUUGGUGAAGUUCUAGCCUAUAAUUGGGUAAUUGAAUUUCAAAAACGAGGACUACCGCACUUACAUAUGUUAAUAACAUUAAAAAAUAAUUCUAAAAUAAAAACUCCUGAUAGUGUUGAUAAAUUCAUCUCUGCAGAAAUUCCAAAUCCUCAUGAUAAUCCCAUAUUACAUGAAAUUGUUACUAGAAACAUGCUUCAUGGACCUUGUGGCGAUUGGUGCCUGAUUGAUGGAAUUUGUUCCAAAAGAUUUCCGAAAGAUAUCCGUAAUGAAACAACAAUGGAUGAUAAUGGAUACCCUUCUUAUCGUAGACGAGAUGAAGGAAUAACAUUCUCUAGAAAUAAUUCUGUUUUUGAUAAUCGUCAUGUUGUUCCGUACAAUCCUACACUUAUACAAAUUUUUGACUGUCAUAUUAACGUAGAAGUUGUUUGCUCGGUAACAGCAGUCAAAUAUUUAUUUAAAUACGUUUAUAAAGGUCAUGAUAAAGCUGGUGUUACAAUUUCAGGUAAUAUACCAUCUGAACUGGAUCCACAGGAACAAACGACUCAUGAAACAAUAAGUAAUCCAAACGACAAUGUUAUUAAUCAUGACGAAGUUAAAAAUUUUGUUGAUGCUCGAUAUGAUGGUCCAGUUGAACCCGCUUGGCGAAUUUUUUCUAAAAAAUUACAAGAUAAAAGUCACUCCAUUGUUCGUUUACCAGUACAUUUACCUAAUCAACAAAGUAUCACUAUCAAUGAUGAUUGUAAUGAACAAGAUCUUCUGGCAGCUUUGCAAAGGCAAUCGAUGUUAAUCGAUUAUUUUUCUCUAAAUGUGCUUAAAAGCUUUGAAGAUUUGAGAACGGUGAAUGGGAUAAUCUAUGAAACUUAUAUGUCUGCAUGUUUAGCUGCUGGGUUAAUUGAAGAUGAUCAAGAAUGGAGACGAACGUUACAUGAAGCAGUAACUUGGAUGAUGCCACGACAAUUAAGAUGUUUAUUUGCUCGCAUACUAAUUCAUUGUCAACCUACUGAUCCAGAAAGUUUGUGGAAUGAAUUUAAAGAAGCAAUGUCCGAAGACUUUAACAGACAGGUGGGAGUAGAACGAGGACAGAAAAAGGCUUACGCAUACAUUAAUAAUAUGAUUGAACGAGAAGGAUGUAGUCUUUCUUCAUUUCCCGGUAUGCCACCAGUUGAAAAUGAUUUAUGUGAUAAUGAAUCGGUACAAAUUUUGACCCAAGACCUAUCGCAAUCAUAUUAUAAUAAAUUGAAUAUCAAUCAAAAAGAAAUUGUAGAUUUUGUUUUGAAUUCUGUAGAAAAUAACGCAACCAAUCUGCCGAAUUGUAUUUAUAUAGAUGGACCAGGUGGUUCGGGUAUUGCCGCAACUCUUUUACCCAAUGGAAAAACUGUUCACAGAACUUUUGGAUUACCUGUACCUAUGUUUUCAGAUUCUUCUUCUCAUAUCAAGCCUAACUCUCAACAAGGAAAAUAUCUCAAAACCGUAGAUGUAUUUAUUUGGGACGAAGCUCCAAUGUCUCCUAGUGGAACUCUCAACAAUUUAGAUGAUAUAAUGGAUCUUCCUGAUGAGUGUUUUACUUCAAAUAACAAUGAUAUUGUAGAAAACGUAUAUGGUAGAAUAAUUAGAGGCAAACGUUAUGACGAACUCACAACAACAGUAAUUCUGUCAGCUAGAAACAUUGAUGUCGAUUUUAUAAAUACUCAGGUUGUUGAACUUUUAGAUUUUUCUACAGAACAUAUUUACAUCGGUGUUGACAGCACUGAAAAUUGUGACAAUGAGAACUUUGAUGACGCUAUUCUGCCCGAAUAUUUGAACACUUUAAAUCCACCCAAUUUUCCACCCUAUGAACUUAAAUUACGACAAUACUCGAUAGUAAUGCUAAUCAGAAAUUUGAAUUUAAGCGAAGGACUUUGUAAUGGUACAAGACUGAUUAUUUUGGAAUUGGGAGUUCAUGUUUUGAAAUGCAAAAUUCUAACUGGUGACAAAGCUGGAGAGAUUGUUUUUAUCAAUCGAACGACAAUUCCCAAUUAA